GGGAGGGGAUGAUGGGAGGGGAGAGAUCAGCCUGGGACGCAGAGCUGAGCGCUGCAACCCGUUGCCCAUCCUCCCAGCGCUCACCACUUGGAGCUGGUGCCCCCCCAACCUGGCUUUGUGCACUCCCCGGGGGGAUGGCGGAAACAGCCCCCAAUUCCCCAGGGUGGGUGCAGCAGGAGACGAUGGGCCUCAACAUCAGAGUGGGGUAGGAGAGCUCUUCACUGAGGCCAGUGGAGGCUGGGAGGUGCCUUCUGUGCGCCCAGGCUUGUGCUGAGGGCUAAGCGAGUCAUGGAUGGUGAGGGUGGGGGCUGGUCUGGAAGGCCUCCAGGGGCAUCCGAGAGCAGCUCCUGAGGCAGAGAAGAGGGUAAAUUGACGUGAAGAGGCCUAGAACAAAGGCUUUGGAGCGAGACGGAGACUGGAGCCAAUCCCAGCUCUGACAUCUACUUGCUGUGUGACUGAGGUCUCUGCCAUAGGGGCUCCCGUGGAGAACGUGUCCCAGCGGCACAGGCUGGCAGAACUUACCUGGAGCGUCUGAGACCCUGAGAUGUUCGGAGAGGGGUUUGUCUCGCAGACCCACACAGCCUGCGUUUCAGCCAGCUUCUGUGUCCGCCCGAGGCAGAGAGUAGGCCAGUAUGCCCAAGAUAACCCUGAAUGGUGUGACAGUGGAUUUCCCUUUCCAGCCAUACAAAUGCCAAGAGGAGUACAUGAGCAAGGUCUUGGAGUGUCUGCAGAAGAAAGUGAACGGCGUUCUGGAGAGCCCCACGGGCACGGGGAAGACGCUGUGUCUCCUCUGCAGCACGCUGGCCUGGCGGGAGCAGCUCCGAGACGCUGUCUCUGCCCGCAAGAUUGCCGAGAGGGUGUCAGGGGAGCCCUUCCUUGACCGCGCCUUGGCGUCCUGGGGGAACGCUGCCCUGGAAGGAGAUGUCCCAGUGUGCUACGCGGACGUCCCAAAGAUCAUUUACGCCUCCAGGACCCACUCGCAGCUCACUCAGGUCAUCAGUGAGCUCCGGAACACCUCCUACCGGCCCCGAGUGUGUGUGCUGGGCUCCCGGGAACAGCUGUGUAUCCAUCCUGAGGUGAAGAAGCAGGAGAGUAACCACAUGCAGGUCCACUUGUGCCGCAAGAAGGUGGCAAGUCGCUCCUGUCACUUCUACAACAACGUGGAAGAGAGGAGCCUGGAGCCGGAGCUGGCCAGCCGCAUCCUGGACAUCGAGGACCUGGUCAGCAGCGGGACGAGGCACAGAGUGUGCCCCUACUACCUGUCUCGGAACCUGAAGCAGCAGGCCGACAUCAUCUUCAUGCCCUACAACUACCUGCUAGACGCCAAGAGCCGCCGUGCAUAUGGCAUCGACCUGAAAGGGGCGGUCGUCGUCUUUGACGAAGCUCACAACGUGGAGAGGGUGUGUGAGGAGGCCGCGUCCUUCGACCUGACGCCCCACGACGUGGCUUCGGGACUGGACGUGAUAGGCCAGGUGCUGGAGGAGCAGGCCAAGGCGGCGCGGCAGGCACUCCGCCCGGAGCUCAGCGCGGACUCGGCCAGCUCAGGGCUGAACUUGGAGCUGGAGGACCUCGCGAAGCUGAAGACGAUCCUGCUUCGUCUGGAGGGGGCCAUCGACGCCGUGGAGCUGCCUGGAGGUGACGGCGGCGUCACCAAGCCUGGGAGCUACAUCUUUGAGCUGUUUGCCGAAGCCCAGAUCACGUUUCACACCAAGGGCUGCAUCCUUGACUCCCUGGACCAGAUCAUCCAACACCUGGCAGGACGUGCCGGGCUGUUCACCAACACGGCAGGGCUGCAGAAGCUGGCAGACAUCAUCCAGAUCGUGUUUGGCGUGGACCCUGCUGAAGGUGGCCCCAGUGCCGUGGUGGGGCCGGGGUGUCAGUCCUACAAGGUGCACAUCCACCCUGAUGCUGGUCACCGGAGGACGGCUCAGCGGUCAGAUGCCUGGAACGCCACGGCAGCCAGAAAGCAAGGGAAGGUGCUGAGCUACUGGUGCUUCAGCCCUGGCCACAGCAUGCGUGAGCUGGUCCACCAGGGCGUCCGUACCCUCAUCCUCACCAGCGGCACACUGGCCCCCGUGUCCUCCUUCACCCAGGAGAUGCAGAUCCCUUUCCCAGUCUGCCUGGAGAACCCACACGUCAUCGACAAGCACCAGAUCUGGGUGGGGAUUGUCCCUAAAGGCCCCGACGGAGCCCAGCUGAGCUCCGCCUUUGACAAACGGUUCUCUGACGAGUGCUUGUCGUCCCUGGGGAAGGCACUGGGCAACAUCGCCCGUGUGGUCCCGCAUGGGCUCCUGGUCUUCUUCCCUUCCUACCCCGUCAUGGAGAAAAGCCUGGAGUUCUGGCGGGCCCACGACUUUGCCAGGAAGCUGGAGGCCCUGAAGCCCCUGUUCGUGGAACCGAGGACCAAAGGAGGCUUCUCUGAGGGUGAUUUCUGGGGUCUUGCUCAAGGAGGCGAGGGGCCAGGCCGGGCUGACCAGCCUCCCCUUCCAGGUGAUGGAGGCUUUCUACACGAGAGUCACCGCCCCCGGGUCCAGUGGGGCCACCUUCCUGGCUGUGUGCCGGGGGAAGAUGCGAAUGGCCGUGGAGUGAUCGUCACGGGCCUCCCGUACCCGCCCCGCAUGGACCCCCGGGUGGUCCUCAAGAUGCAGUUCCUGGAUGAGAUGAAGGGCCAGAAUGGGGCCCGGGACCAGCCCCCCGCCCUGGCCCUGCAGUUCCUCUCCGGGCACGACUGGUACCGGCAGCAGGCAUCCAGGGCUGUGAACCAGGCCAUUGGGCGGGUGAUCCGGCAUCGCCAUGACUACGGGGCUGUCUUCCUCUGCGACCACAGGUUCAGCUCCGCGGACGCCAGAGCCCAGCUGCCCUCCUGGGUGCGUCCCCACGUCAAGGUGUACGACAGCUUCGGCCACGUCAUCCGAGAUGUGGCCCAGUUCUUCCGCGUCGCUCAGAGAACCAUGCCCAUGCUGGCCCCCCGAGCUGCUGCUCCGAGUCUGGGCGAAGGAGAAGGCACUGCCUCGGUGGCCGUGUCACCCGGCCCCCUCCGCACCAGGAAGGCCACAAGUCUGGAUGUGCACGUCCCUAGCCUGAGGCGCAGACACACGGGCUUGCUGGUCGCCGGGGACGCCGAGGGCAGCCUUUGUGUGGAGUACCAGCAGGAAGCCGUCCAGGCCCGGCGGAGGCCCGUGGGGCUGUUGGCCGCCCUGGAACACAGCGAGCAGCUGGCCGAGGGGCCUGGGGACGAGGCCCUGCCCGCGGAGGAGGAGGCCCCCCGCCACUCCACCCCGUGGGGCCCUCGUGAGAAGAGGCCAGCGGAGGAGCAGCGUGGCAGGCGGAGGAAGGUCAGGCUGGUCGGCGGCCCGGUAUGUGGACGACCUGCAGACGGCGGAAGUUUGGAGGGGCCAGAAGCCGGCGCGGACACAGGCAGGGCCAAGCUGUUCAUGGCAGCCGUGAAGCAGGCGCUGAGCCAGGCCAGCUUCGACACCUUUACCCGGGCCCUGCGGGAGUACAAGAGCACCGAUGACCUCGCGGCCCUGGCCGCUCACCUUGGCCCCCUCUUUGCCGAGGACCCCAAGAAGCACAGCCUGCUCCGAGGCUUCUAUCAGUUCGUGCGGCCCCACCACAAGCAGCAGUUUGAGGAGGUCUGCUGCCAACUGACGGGCCGAGGCUGCAGCUCCCGGCCCGAGCAUGGCCUUCCCUGGAGGCAGGGAGCACGACCGGCCCUGGACCCCAGCGGUGAGGCGGGCCCUGCCUGGGUGGGACCCUCAAACUCAGACCCUGAGGGAAGGAGGGAGCCUGACCCCAAGCUGACCGUGUCCCAGGGUGCAGCCAGGCAGCUGGACCCCUGCGAACACCUGAACCAGGGCCGGCCCCACCUGGCCUCCGGGCUGCUCCCUGCAGGAGACCUCAGCCGCCGGCCUCCUGAGGGGUCCGGAGCCCCCGGAGCAAAGAAGCACCCGCCCGCUGUGAGUGCCUACCUGGCAGAUGCCCACCGGGCCCUGGGGGCCACAGGCUACAGCCAGCUCCUGGCGGCGCUGACCACUUACAAGCAGGAUGACGACUUCGAGAAGGUGGUGGCUGUGGUGGCCUCACUCACCACCGCCAAGCCUGAGGACCUGACCCUGCUGCAGAGGUUCGGCAUGUUCGUGCGCCCUCACCACAAGCAGCGCUUCCGGCAGACGUGUGUGGACCUGGGCACCCAGGCUCCAGGACCCUGGGAGGGGAGCCCUGCUGCGCCUUCUGACCUCGUCUGUGAGGCUCGCGGGACAGGCCCCUCACUGCCAGAGAAACCCCCCGGGAAGACCCAGAGCAAGAGCUUCUCCUUCCUUACGCAGAGGCCGGCUCGGGGGGCGGGGGCUCCCAGCCGGCCCCCCAGUGCCCCCUGCGGGCAGGCACAGUCCGAGUGGGUGGGCUUGGUGUGUCCUGGCUGCAGGGCGGAGGACGUGGUCCCCUUCCAGUGCCCCUCCUGCGACUUCCACUGCUGCCGGGCCUGUUGGCGACAGCACCUCCAGGUCUCUAGGACGUGCCCGGCCUGCCAUGCUGCCACCAGAAAGCAGAGCCUCACGCAGGUCUUCUGGCCGGAGCCCCAGUGAACGUUGAGACCCUCUGGGCGCUGCAGGGUCUGCGGAGGCUGAGGCCGCCCCUGCCUGGGGCGCAGCCUGGACACUUGCUUGUCGGCUGUGGGUGGGCCAGGCCUGAUACCAGAAACCCCUUGGCCGAGAGCGCACCUGACGGGGAGGCCAGUCCAGUGUCCGUGGGGAGCCCCCUGAGACGGCUGCAGGAUCUGGGCCCCCUGUGAGAGGCCCCGAGGCCACCUUGGGGUCUGGGGUGGGUCCACUGGAAGGUGCUUCCCCAGAACUUCCCUGACCGCCAGCCUGUGGGUGGAGCCCCAGCAGGAAGGAGGGGAGCCCUGCACCUUCUGUCCCGGGGACCUUCCAGGGACCUGCUUGUUCCUCAGGGGCCAGGGUUCUAAUAAAGCUGCCGGCACUGCUGGGAAGCGGUCUGUGUGGCCCGGCCUCGGUGGUGGGGUGGGGGAGCCUGGAAGGAAGGAGGCGCCUGGGCAGCCUCCCUCGCACCUGGUUUGUUCAGAGCAGGAGCCGCUACCCCCUCCACCCGCCGGUUGCCAGGCCUGGUAACGGGGUCAGGAGCUGCUCGUGGUGCUGGUGGCCUGCACGGGACCGCCCUGGCACUGGGCUCUGCGGAGGGAGAGGUCAAAGCCUGGGCCCCCAGGUGGCCGACCGC